AGGGAUUAUCCACCAAGUAGGGCAAGUGGCUAAGGCUAAGGACUGCAAUUCCAUCCAGCCUAGUUCAUUUCAGUCAUCCGCUCAGUGCGCACGCAGGACAAGGGGGAGCACAUUCAGCGCUGCGCGUUUGUCAAAAGCCCUGCCUCCAAUAAAAGCCAUAAGUUCAAACGAAAAAAACAAAAAAAUAUGGUCAAGUACAUGCGACAGCACAGCGAGCUGAAACCCGAAGAGGUCCUGUCGGAAUCUGACGCGUCUAAGGAGGAGGACCAGCAGGAUUUCGGAGAGAUGUCCGACUAUUCCUUCAGCGACGUUUUCUACUCCAAAUGUUCCGCAAUGGACCAAAUCGGCACUUUUAUGAGGAACGUGCAAGUGCUGCUCGAUGCAGCAAGUUACAUUGAAAACGUUGAGAAGAGCAACGGAAAAUACGAGCAUGGCUAUGCUUCAUCAUACCCAACAACGCAGAUUGCACAACAGCAGAAACAGCGUAAAUUCAAGAACAGGAAACUGGACAGUUUUCACAACAGGUCAGCACAUAAUGAACUGGAAAAGAACAGGCGAGCACAUCUUCGCCUGUGUUUGGAAAGGUUGAAGUCACUCAUCCCUCUGGGACCAGACUGCAAUCGGCACACCACACUGGGACUGCUCAACAAGGCCAAAGCACACAUCAAGAAACUUGAAGACAUGGACCGAAGAAGCCAGCAUCAACUGGAGAGUCUAGAGAGAGAGCAGAGGCACCUGCAGAGGCAGUUAGCUUUGCUGCAAUCUCAUGGAGAAUGGGAACGGAUCCGCACAGACAGCCUGGGCUCCCGCAUGGACUCCGAUCGCUCAGAGUCCGAUAGAGAAGAAAUCGAAGUUGAUGUGGAAAGCACUGAGUUCUCCCAUGGAGAAAUGGACAGUGUUAGCACUAGUGGUGCCAGCGACCUGGAUGACCAGAGCAGCCGGCAGAGCUCAGUCAGUGACGAGGGCUACUCCUCUUGCAGUCUAAAGCUGCCAUUUUCUGCUUAAAACACCAGCCAAUAAUUUCCAUUUAAGCUACACUCCUUUAUGGCUUUCACCUUUCCAAGUACCAGCCUACAGCUCCAUUCUCCCAACCAGUUUUCUUCAAAAGAACCAGCCUCCACUUUCAAACAUCUCUUCUGUCCAAGAACAAGAACCAGCCUUACGUUCUGUUAAAUACCCCCCAAACCCAACAGGCUUCUUCCGUUGAACUUUGGCAAAAUAUAAUGUAGUUGUUUCAUUUGGAAGGGUGACUUUACCAGUCAACUAUCCCUUUACCUGUUACCAGGUCAAAUCAGCCACACUAAUUGUAAAUUAUGUUCCUGUAGGGAACCCAUCCCUGCAUCAGUGUUGAACACUGAACCAGUUGCUCCACGUUAAUCAAGAUGAUCUUCAGAAACCAGCAAAACACACUCACACACAUAAUACCAGCUUGAAACUCACCAUUGGGAACAUAUGCGCCAUAUGCCUUGUUAAAAAAAGCCCCAUUUCAUUGGAUUAUCUUUCCAGACAGCACUUCUUGUCAACGUACAAGCCAGCAAGGGCUAUGAUACCUGCAUUCCAAAUAGUAGACAUGUCAGACUUCUGCUUUAGGACCCACAACCACAAAUUCACGUGGUGUCCCCGUUCUUCAACAGGACUGCCCAAUCAAGGAAGGUGGAAUAUCCACCUUUGUUAGACUAAUAUAUUUUGCAUGAUUCUAUUUAUUUUUGAUAUAUUUAAUUGUACUUUAGUUAGGUAAUCAUAAUGCCAGAAUGGGAAAAAUAAUUUACUUUGUUUUUAAAUGUCUACCAAUCGUACUCGAUAUAAAAUCCCCACUGAAGAGUACACUGUGCUACAGUAUAUGAGUUUAAUAGAAGUUUUUGGUUGAAUGCUUUCACACUGUGUGCAGAUUCAAUGAGUUUAGUCAGUAAUAAGCUAUCUUGCACUUGUCCAAGCACAAAGCUCAAGCAAUAAUGUCUGGUUUGAUCGUGUCCGUGAUUGACUUUAGUAAUUUUUUUCAUCAGUCAACUCCAAAAGAAACAGGACUUACCUGUGCUUUGGUAGUAACAUCAGCUACUAAGUCAGCAGAUUGUAAUUGACUUCAAACACUAUGAUGCAUGUGUCUUGAAUGUAGCUUUUUUUUAAAAUAUAAAUCAAACUGUAUUGUGCUUUGGAUUGACUAAUAAUGAUGUCAGUAGCAUGAACAGUAUAUUCUACCAAGUACUGGUUUUGGUUUAUACAUCAGUGUUUAAUAAUCUUUUGUACUGUAGCAAAAAAAUAAAUAAUCAAGGCUUAAAUUCAUACAAUUUGGACCCUUCUCUCCGAUGAUUCAAGAUACAUUUCAAACCAUAUUGCACUGCUGACCUGAAUAUAUGAAACCAAAUAUGACAUUUAUCUGCAUUUUUCUGUCCUACGUACAUCACCACCAAAUUGUGUCUUAACACGGGGAUUGAUUCCUGCACAAAGUUCCUUGCUAACGAUCCCUCCCACCCUGCAUUUGGGAUGAGCAUAAAAUGCACAAUUAAAAAAAAGGUUGAAAUAUGCUGAGGCAUAACCCAGAAUGUGUUCUUGUGCUUAAUCAGCAAUACGAGGUGACUUUAGUGCAAAAGACGCUGCUGGUCCCCUGUGAAUACUUUGUUACAACUGCUGUUAACCAUUCCUGGAAUCUCAAUAAACCUCUAAACGCAAA